AUGUUAAGCAUACAAUUUUUAUCGUCAUUUUGGGCUUUUGUGGUAGCUCUAUGGGUCAACAUUGUUUUUUUUCUGCCCGGUGCUGCGACACGAUUUAAUACAUCCCAAUUCGAAGAACAAGAUACCAUUACCCGCGAUGUUGCCAUUCUAGGAGGCGGCUCGGCUGGAACUUAUGCAGCAAUCCGCUUGCGCCAGAUGGGCCAGUCAGUAAUUGUUGUUGAGAAGGAGGGCCGACUCGGUGGACAUACUCAUACAUACAGUGAACCGACGACUGGAAUACCCGUCGACUAUGCAGUGCUAUACUUCGAAGACAAGCCAUGGGUCCGGGACUACUUCGCACAUUUCAACAUCCCGGUCGAGAAGAUCUCAAUUCUAGGUCAAGGUGUACUGCGACGUCUCGAUCUUCGAACCGGUACCGAUGUUCCUUAUUCAGACGGAACAACACUACCCGCGCUGGCAGCCUACACGGCUCAGCAGCUAAAGUAUCCGUAUCUCAACACGGGUUUCAACCUUCCUGACCCAGUACCUGAAGACCUAUUGCUCCCAUUUGGCGACUUCAUUCGGAAAUAUAACCUAGAUGGGGCGGUUGACAUCAUCGCACUGCUUAAUCAGGGAGUCGGUGACCUGCUUCAGCAAUUGACACUCUACAUGAUGAAGUAUUUCAGUCUCGAAAUAAUUCAAGAUGCCGUGACCGGUUUCCUCCGGACAGCCAGCCACAACAACAGUGAGCUAUACGGAGCAGCGCAGAGGGAACUGGGCAGCGACGCACUUCUCAGCAGCACUGUCACAGCCACAUACCGUGACGAUGACGAGGACUGGGUAUACCUUGAGACGCAAACGCCAGCAGGAGAGCAGUUGAUUCACGCCAAGAAGUUCAUCAUUGCUGUCCAACCCAAGCUGGAAAACUUGGACGCCAUAGACCUGGACUCAGCCGAGGAAAGUCUUUUCGCACAGUUCAAGAAUACUUCGUAUUAUACAUCCGUGGCCCAUGUUCCCGGACUCACACCAGGUGCUCUCAUACUGAAUCGUGCAAAUGAUACAUUGUAUCAUCUACCGCCGCAACCUGCAGUCUAUGUCUUGAGACCGACCCAGUCACCGAAUUUGACCUCCAUUUUUUACGGAAGCAUAGACGAGAUGAGCGAAACAGAGGUGAAGAGCCAUAUGACGCAAAGUGUACUGACAUUGAGAAACGCAGGUUACCAAGUACAGGCCCCAGAGUUUGUGGCUUAUGCCAGUCAUGCUCCGUUCUUGUUGACCGUGUCAGCAGAUGCGAUCCGCGGUGGCUUCUAUCGGGACCUCAACGCAUUGCAGGGUCAUCGUAAAACUUAUUAUAUGUCUGCAACAUUCAACACUCAUGAUUCGGCUCAGGUGUGGCGAUUUGUGGAUGAGAUGCUAAAAAAGUACUUUAUGGCAGGUGACGAUUCAGGCUGA